UAGACUAGUCUACUGUAGGAGGAUAGAAAGGAGGAUGGCAAAUGCCCUGAGGAGGGUUCUGGUGCUAGGAUCUGGCUUCACUUCUGGCCCUUUGGUGGAGUAUUUAACCAGAGAUGGAAAAGUUGCAGUGACAGUUGCGUCCAACAUUGUUGAACAAGCUGAAGCUUUGGCAAAUAAGUUUCAAAACACAACUGCUGUUCCACUAGAUGUUCAUGCAGAGUCUAACUUAAAUCGCUUGGUGAGCGACCAUGAAAUUGUUGUCAGUUUUGUGCCCUACACUCUACACCCGCUGAUUGCAAAACAGUGUGUGACUAACAAAAAGAGUUUGGUAACAUCAAGCUAUGUGUCACCCCAGUUACAGGAGUUUCACAAGCCUGCUGUGGAAGCUGGUAUCACCUUAAUGAACGAGGUUGGCCUAGAUCCUGGUAUAGAUCACAUGCUGGCAAUGGAGUGCUUUGAUGAGGUUCACAGCAAUGGUGGAAAGGUAAUCUCAUUCGAGUCUUGGUGUGGUGGGUUACCUCAUCCUGAUUGUGCCAGUAACCCUCUGAGAUACAAGUUUAGUUGGAGUCCGAGAAGUGUGUUACUAGCAGCCCUCAAUCAGGCCAGGUACAAAAUAGACAACUCUGUUGUAGAGAUUGCAGAAGGACGACUAAUGACUCCAGAAAAUCUUCAGUCAUUCAACAACCUUCUCCCCAAUGUGAACUUUGAUGGCUAUUUUAACAGGGACUCACUCAAAUACAUCGAUGUAUAUGGUAUCCCUGAAGCACAAACGGUCAUCAGGGGAACGCUGAGAUACAAGGGAACUUGCAAAAUACUUCAAGCGAUGUACAAACUGGGACUGUUGAGCCUGGUGGAAAACCAGAGAUUGAUGAAGGAUGCUGCUAGUAUGAAAUGGAGAGACCUGAUGGCCAUUCUGAUUUCGCAAACAGAUGUACGGAAAUCGGACAUUCACUCCAGUGUGUAUGAGGCUGUUGGCAAGGAUGACGAUGUCCUGAAGUCAAUUGAAGACUUGAGACUACUGUCAGAUGACCCAGUGGAUAUGGUUGGCAGUCCCCUGGAUGCUCUAUGUGCACAUUUGGAGAGGUUGCUUACCUAUGAACAAGGAGAAAGGGAUGCCAUAUUUCUACAUCACUUCAUUGGGAUAGAAUGGCCAGACAAACAGGUGGAGAAAAGACAUAUUGAUUUUACUAUGUACGGAGCACCAAAUGGAUUUAGUGCAAUGGCACAAACUGUAGGGAAGCCCACUGCCAUAGCUGCUAAAAUGAUACUCAAUGGGGAGAUAAAGAAGCAUGGAAUUGUGACCCCCACCUCCGAAGAUAUCUACAAACCUAUCUUGAGAGCGUUAAAGAGAGAGGGGAUUGAAGCUUCUGUGAUGAACAUAAGCUGAUUGUAUGUUUCAAUGUGUAGUGUUUACUGUGUUUUACUGUGCAUGUUUAGUUUAACAAAAAUUAAUGGCUCGGUUUAUACAAUGACAAUCUGGGCUCAUGCUCACAUAA